AUACAAAUGUGAUGUUUUGUUCAUGAUACCAACAAUAAAUUGCUUGUUCAUGUACUCCAUGUAUCACAUGCAUUUUCAAUGUAGGCCUUCUUAUGACGGUUUCUAGCUACCUUCAGUCACACCGCUAACCGACUUUGAAUUAACCGACCGAUUAUGUAUCACUCGGUAUAAUCAUGAACCUAAUACAUGUAAUCUUUCGUUCAGUCUCUUCUCGGUCUGGUGUCGGUCUUAAUAUCGGUGUAACACAGAAUCAUGAGACGCUUCAAUAAUGUACGCCAUGUACUUUGAAGCUGCACAAGGCGUUUUAGAUGUAAACAUUGUUGAAUGGUUUCAUGAUCGUUAGGCGUAGUUACUGGAGCACAGGGGCACAUGCCGAAGAAGUAGAAUAAGAAAGAGAAAAUGGAGGAGGAGGUGGAGGAGGAGGAGAAGAAAAAGACCCUCUUUUUUUUUCUUUUCUCAACUCCGAUAACGUGCAUGUGUGAGCUCUGUUUAGCAUUUAUGUUAUAUGUUUUAUCACGGAGAUAUGCUCGGAGAACACAUCCUCAUUAAAAUGGACUCGACCGUAGGCCUACUUUAUGCAACCCUUUGUUACGUAAUGAGGCCUUGAUGAGCGCGAAGACUGCAAUCAUAAUCUUUGUAGCAGACACAUAGAUUGUGACUAACGAGCUAACUUUAUUUUCUAAACUUUAAAAGCGUUAAAUCAAUAAUAAGCUCGUAUAAGAAUUCGUAAACUUAUUUUUUAAAUUUUGCAUAGCUCCUAACAACUAUACCUCUCGGAUCAAACCGAUUCACUAUGUAGACUAUAUAGUCUAAACGAUGAUAAACCUUAUUGAGUCUUCCAAACAGUUGUAUGAUUCGGAUGGCCUUUCCAUAAAAAAAACUCAUAAAAACUGUUGAAGACCUAUACCUGUAUUUGAGGUAAAAAAUGAAAUGUUCUCAAUUAACAUGGUAUCUUGUAAUUAUCAACCCAAUACAACCGAAUUAAAGGCUGAAUGAAAUCUAUAUAGUUCUUGAAUUCACGCCAUUUCUGGCAGAUGAGCAGUGGAGACCUGUCAAUUCGUCCAUCAUUGAUAAAUAAUUGAUUGAACAAGUCGGAUAUCUUAUCGCCUUUUCUGCCUCGAGUUCGAAGAGCCUGGGAUUUCCCUGAUAAAAAAAAGGAAAGUCGAUGAUAAGUGUUUGGUCAUCACCCCCUCGCAGACACAGGUGGGUGCAACAGGCAGACGGUCUCGUACACCGUGCGCUGCCAGCUGUUGUGCGGCUCCUCCAUCGGCGGCGACGCACUCGAUCGUACUCGAGGAGUUCGCCCACAGACAUAACAGAUUCCGGGUUGUAUUAUUUUGGCCGAAGCCCGUGAUGUCAAGCUCGCACGCACGACACAUAUGUCAUCGUCUCGCGGCUAGCUGCAGUCACAAUAUCUGGGUCAAACAUGUCAGAACGGUCAUCUUCACACACUACAUGCAUGCCCCACAACACCGUCGCCAACGCUAAAGGCUCUUGAUUCGUCAUCUUGUCUCGUUAAUCCUCAAACUUUUUGACAGUCAUUUGAAAGAUAUUUCGCACCAGGUGAUCACUCCAGGCACGGAGGAUGCAGACACUGGGGGUUUACCUGUCUUCUUGUGCCUAUGUCAUUUAUUUAAUGAUGUCAAUUGUCAUAAUGAGAUAUUGCUCAAAUCCUGAUAUUGUCUAAGAGACGUGGUUUUGUUUGAAACGUAACUUAUCUGUAAACUGCAAGGAGAACGGAACAGACGUUUGAAGUUUCUGAGAUUAUAUCCAAUUCGUGGUGGUCACUUUGUAUUUCCCUCACCAACCCAUCACCCGACAAGUCGACUUUGCGAUAGUCAACAACGCCGACUUACAUCAUUAUCUAAAGACAUCGACCCAACAACAAAACCACCGUGGACAUCGUCCAAUCCAAGAUGGCGCCCAUCAGCAAGAAAGCCCCCAUUAAACCCAUCCUCCCCUCGUGUCGUGUGUGUGGUGACGAGGCUUCUGGGAUACAUUACGGGGUGACGUCCUGUGAAGGGUGCAAGGGAUUCUUCAGACGCUGCAUCGGGAACAAGACCCUCAUCGUACAGUGCCAGAAGGAAGGACACUGCGAGAUUGGGAAGAACACUAGAGGGCGCUGUGCACACUGCAGAUACCAGAAGUGUCUUGCCGUUGGCAUGUCUGUUCAUUCCGUUCGCGUAGGACGUUACUCUAAGAAGCAGAAGAUGAAGAACCUUGCCGAGAUCCAGAGUCUGGCUACUCCUGAGCAGAUCGUCGAGCGGGAGAGGAAGGAUCGCGAAAUUUAUGCACUCAUUCAGAAGGUGGUUAACGCUCAUGACGUCACCAGCUCCAAGAUGACAACAACUGCACACAUCAAGCUGAAGCAGGAUUCCCAGCAGAUGCAUUCCGAGAGACUUCCCGUAGACCUCUCCGCCCUCUCCCUUCCCGGAACCAAUGCCUGGUCGCACUUCCUGGAUGAACCAUGCGACCUUGGGGACUUGUACUCCAGGAUCUGUACCGUCAAAGGCUACCUGACCGACGUCCUCACACCCUCUGUUGUCAAUGUAGUGCAGUUCAGCAAGAACCUACCUGGCUUCUGCGAUCUCCUGCAGGAGGAUCAGAUGACUCUUCUCAAAGCUGGCUUCUUUGAGAUCUGGCUGCUGCGAACGUGCAUGGAGAUCGCCUUCACGUCGGACUCGGUGUCCUUCGGAACGGAUCACGGGUACGCCAUGUCUCACCUUAGCAUGCUUGGCUGUGACUACAGGUUCUGGGACGAGCUCUUUGACUUCUCCAGGAGCUUCAACAACCUCCAACUGAUCAAGGAAGAAAUUGCUCUCUUCACCACGGUUGUUCUUUUCAGUCCAGAUCGCCAUGGACUUGUGGAACCCGGCAAGGUAGAAGUCCUGCAGGAUCGUUAUCUGGAAUGCCUCAAGAGAGAAGUGACGCGGAGGGACUGGAAAAACAAGCAGCUCUUCGCAAGGCUCCUGAUGCAGGCCACCAACCUACGGGCAGUGUCCGCCAUCUUCUUCAAGAGCACGUCCGAGUUCAGACACGCAUGGCCUUACAUGGAGAUCCCGGCUUUGCUGCAGGAGAUCCUCAACUAUGACUGCUGAUAACAAAGCAAAACACUUUUAAAAAACAUAUCGACGGACAAUUGUUGUGUUUUCAAAGUGGCUGUGAAGAUUGACUUCUUUGUGUGCGAUGUUGUUUUUGCACGUGCAUGUGAGCUGUCGUUAGGACACUUCAGUGUAUGUUCUUUAUGACUUGUCUUUUGGGUCUCACUUGUUGAACGAUGGUCCCAUUCAUUUAUAUUUGUGUCAUGUGUGACGGUUUGCUUUGCUUGGCCUUAAACGCAUCUAUAGUGGGCAGUGUGUGGUAGAAUAGAAUCGCAACAGAUAUUACUAUACUAUGAAGACAUCAUGUGGAAAUCCUCGGCCUGGCGCAGACGAUUCGCACAUGACAAGUUCUUCGUAUUUAAUGUGUUUUGUAUCUAUUACUUCUUACUGUGGCCAUGAUUGCACAGGUUUAUCAUAUUUUACAUCUGUAGUGAUAAAGUCUCGCUCAGUCUAUACUAGUGUAGCUUUUUAGCAUUCAUCCUCUGCUGGGCAGAUUGAAUUUUAGCAUCUAGAUAACAGCAUUAGAGUGCAUGGUCAAUGUCUUGAUGACAUUAUAGCACUGUUGAACGGUGAACGUAGUUCUUAAUCUGUUUCUAGUUAUUAGAACAACUAGCACACGUACAUGAAUUCUUGACAUUAUACAUUCGUAUGACCAUGUCUAUCUAUGUGUAACAUCGUUUGUUAGUCAUGUUAUGCAACACAUAACGAACAUUUAAAGAGGAAAUCAGAUUCUUGAAAAGAAACACUGUUGUUUUGUUGUAGUUUUCGAAAGAAAAUACCAAAAUGACAUAGAUUUUUGUACAUAAAUCUCUAAGUAAGGUGAUGGUAUGAUUUAUAUAUAUAGUUGCGCAUGGUGUAUAUGGAUGGAAACGCCAAAUAUUAUGAGAAGCGAAUAUGUAAAUAAGAUAUAUUUUAUCUAUAUGAAACCUUGAUGAGACUGAAUUCUACUCAGACAAGUAGAAUUAAAAGAAAUAUGAAUUCUCACUAUAAUUAUAUCGUUUUCAUCCGCCAGAAGGCUAGAAAAGGCAACAUAACGUGUCUUGAUAAACCCCGAGUAGCGACUAUUUGCCUUCAAAGAAAAUUAGUGAUUUUAACAAUAAAUUAAUUUAUCUUACUUCAAAGUCGAAAAGAGAACAUCAGUUAAUAAUAUUAAAUUUGUUAUCGUCGCACAAAAUGCACUGCCAAUCGUCCAAAUUGAAGUAGCGACAUACAUACUUUUCGGAACUUAUCGAAAUGAUAAUCAAAUCUACAAAAUCUAUUGAUACUGCGUGGAGUUCCUGAGCUGCAAAUCAUUCAGGUUUUAAUAUCAUACCACAUAUUAAAAUGUACUGAACUUUAUUAGUUCCGAAAUUUAACAGUCUGCCCCUUCCCAAAAGGACUCGCAUUACUCAUUGUCAAGUGUUUUAGCAGUGAUAGAACAGUUAAAUGAAUGCAUAUUUUGAAAAUUUGUAUCAGAAACAUAUUAAUGUAUAUGUAUGUGUUCGUAAUGUUAUAUUCGACAAGACUUGCCUUUUAUAUUUUUGAAUUGAUUUUAAUUUGUGGUGCCUUUGCUCUGUACGCGUAUAUUCUUAGAACAUUUUGCACACCCAAAUUCAAAGAUAACUUUCAGGAUAGCCAUUUAGUUUGAUAGAUUAUCCUUUAUAUGUAGUUCAUUUCUUGCCUAAGAACACUGACAUGCCUUUAAUUUUCCACAGCAAACGUAAUUGUUAUACAUGUAAUUCCUAGCAUUAAGUGUAUCGGCGGUGUUUUGUCUGUUGAUACUCUACACUACAAUGUUGGGGGAAAUGUGUGAAGCGUUAAUUUUGUGCUUUUCUCUAAAGCGAACAGAAAUAACGCAAUACAAUAAUUUUUGUGCAGAUUUCAAGAGGGUAUCUCAGGAGCGGAUUAUUAUUUCAAUCAAUGAUCCAUGAAUGAUGACGCAUUUCUUUCCCUUUUUUUGUUUUUUGUUAUUGAUAUAAAGUCAUGAAAAAGGUGAACUUGAAAUUGUAAAUAUUUUAGCAGUGCAAAAUCUUUUCCUUCUUUUUUCUUUUGUCCGAAGAAGUGCGGUACAAACUCUUUCUGGAAAAGAGCUUCAACGACAUUUCAAAGGGAACUCGGCGCGAGAUUGAUUGUUAGAUUUUAGAAUUGAUUAGUUUUGAACAGUUUUGACAGGUCAAUAAUUGUUUCUUUUUUGUUUUGUUUCUAGAUUAAAAUUCAUAGCGAGAAUAAUUUUUUUAAAUUUGAUUCUUUUGCAUUGUACAGAAUGAAACAUUCGUGCAAUUUUGUUUUCAAUGACAUGUCAUCGCUUUUCCACAAAUGUUAAUAUGAUUCAUGUUUUUUAAGCUUAAAAAAAUAAGUUGUUCUCUUGCAAAAUAUUGCAUUAAGAAGUGUUCACUGUCAUUUUAACCAGGCAUAGUGAAAUUUGAAAGGAUUAAUAUUUUCUUAUGUAAAGCCGAAGAUAUUGAAUAUCCAUGAAAAAGACUUAAAUACCCAGUAUUCAAUCAUAUUUUUGCUGAUGAAGACUAUUAUUGUCGUAAUGAUGAUUAUGUCAUGUGUACAAAUGGUAUCGUGUCAAUGUUUUCAGAUUGAAGUCUUGUCAUUUUUCCCCCAUGUUUUCUUGGACCAGUAUUUAACAGCGAGACCAAACGAAAAUGACGAGACCAAAAUACGAUUCAGAAGAACAUGAACUUCCAUGUACUAAAAAGGUUAAUGCUGUCAAAUCUUAUAGUCAGGAAGAUAUUUUUGCCGACAUAUUUGUGUAUAUAGUGAUGUGUCUAUAAAAUGCGAAAAUGGUCUAAUGUUAAGUAAACCCCGGAUACAAAAAUUGCAAAGUGUGUAAUUUAUUGAUUUUAAUCAAAGGUAUGUUGUUUUCAAAUUGUAUAUGUGCAUUGUACAUGACUGUAUAGUGAUAGUUCUAUCCAUUGACUUAUGAACAAACCAACCUGAUCACAAUAUCAACUCCAUAUCUCUCUCGCUCACUCUCUCUCUCUCUCUCUCUCUCUAUUCAUCUCUCUCGCUCUCUCUGUUCAUCUCUCUAUCUGUUAUUAUCUCAAUCAACUUGAAAACAAAAUCUAUCGAAAAAAGUAUAAAUGGGUCCGAUGGGUUGACAUAUUGCAUAAGAUGGUUUGUAUAAAUGUGUGUAAAGUACAUUUUAUGUUAUUCUGCUUUCCUCUUGCUUGAAAUUAUUUUCUAUGACUUGAAAAGGGUAUCUUUUGAACAUAAUCACAAAGACUAUCGAGAAAACAACGCAACAGCAAUUUCCUGCUGUGUUACCCAUAGAUAUAAUGUUUGAAUUGCGUAAUACGUAUUCUCGCACGAAAGGUUAUGAAUAAAGCUGUUGAAUGAAUUGAUUUUUAUUCGAAAGUCUUUGUGAUCUCAUUGAGGAUAAUUUAUGGUAACAGCGUGUCAACAAAAUAUAUUUAUGCUUUAAAUAGAAUUCCUGAUGCAUUUUUUAAGCAACUCAUGAAGUCAUCAUUAUAUAAACAUAUUUUUACACUGAAUGCUAAUCUCAAAGUUAUUUAUUUUCGUUAUUGAUUAUUGCGUUGGUAUUGUAAUGCUAUUGUCUUAUCCAUUGCUGUUCUGCUUCGGUUAAGAGAGAUAUACAAGAUGAAAUUAUUAAAAAGAUAUCACGCUUUAAGUGGUCAUGACUCUGUAAA